UCCGACAGAGUUUCAGUGUCAACAAUUUAUUGUUAAGAUAUACCACGAGCGGUGUGUACUCCUUUGAGCUGCAGCGUUCAAUUUUUAAGCAUGAUAAAAAAAACUAGAUACACAUAAUUUCAAUUACACAUUUCGCAUAAUUAUUCGUGCAGUAUACGUCACCAGGAGUAAGAAAUCGUCAAUAAAAAGAUUUCGUGGCCUGAGACGGCCAAAAUCGUAUACCGAAUGUCGUCAAAAUUCAUGAACAUUUUUAAGAAGCAGCAUUCUAACUUGAGUCAUCGCGAUACGUCUCCAGUGAUCGUUGGAAACUACGAAGAGUCCAGUGCCAUUAUGCAGGAAAUGACCGAAAUACCUACCGAUUUUAUACUCGGCCCAAUCCCCAGCACUUCAAAAUCCACGAGCUCUCUUACCGCGAGUCGAUCCAACGUAGAAGGACCUACAAAUGCCGCCGUAUCGGAAAAAAUUAAGAAAAGACCGCACAGGACCUCUCUUGGAGCGAUUGAAGAUCUUCUGCAAUGUCCCGUUUGUCUGGAGCGACUUCGAACGCCCCGAAUGAUGCCAUGCCAGCACACAUUUUGUCUGUCAUGUUUGGAAGAACAGCUCGUUUGGCCGGGAAACGAUAAUCGGUCGAUCGCUUGCCCUUUGUGCAAGUUAACGGUGGUAGAAUGCAUUCCUCGAAACUUACCAACAAACCUCUACAUCGAAAACCUUCUCCGAGUGUUGGAUAAUUCAGGCGAAAAGCUCGACCAUCUGGGAUUCACGAGUCCAGUUAUUACAUUCGCAUCGAUUGCUGACCAACCCUCUUUUCUCGUCCAAGAACCUUCUUCCUAUAUUUCGGUACCAGAACCUUCUGCACAAGAAACACGAUGCGUGAUCUGCUCGACCACUUGCGAUCGGGAUCGCAAGUGCAAACAUUGCAAACAGGUAUUUUGCAGUGUCUGCUGGGUCGCUCACAUGGACGAGCUCAAGGAACAGCUCACCAACAUCAGCGACCAGCUCAGCAACACGACGGUUCGAUUUGAACACAGAAUCGAGGAUUUCAAGAUUCGCGCGGCUCAGUUGACGGAAUAUAUAGACCGCGAUAUCGAAGUCCGGAUCAGCGAGCUGCAACAAGAACGAAAUGAGAGAAUAAAACGAGCUGAAGAAUCCACGAAGAAGGGUGAAAAGUUCGCCGAAGACCUGAAGGGAAAAAUAAUCAAGGCUCAAGAGGAGGUCAUGAUGCACAAGAACUUCAAGUUCGACACGCUCGCGGACAAUCAGGAAAAGGUCAAGACAUUUCUCGCCCUGCAUCGUCGAGCGAGCGACUUGAUGGCAGCGGUAGCUCUUUGGGGGCCGGAACUUACGGACUCUGCAAUCGAUGAGCGGGACGACAAACAAAGACUAGAUUUUUCAUCGACCGAAGAAAAUGCCUGGUUUUAUUACAGAAGCCGGCAGUUCACGCCAAAAGUUGUGGUCGGUCGCGGUAUCGUUCAGAGACCUGCGGGAAUCGCUGUAGAUCCUUGGAAAAAACAUCUCCUGAUCGCUUGCCCCGGUACAAGACAAGUUUUGGUACUCGACAAAAAAUACAGAGUCCACAGGCGCAUACAACACCAGGACAUGAUGUCGCCCCAGGGAGUUGCAUUCCUCGAGGACUUUGAAGAGAUUUACGUAACCGACAAGUGGAAGCAUUGCAUCCACGUCUUCAACCGUAAGGGUGACCUUCUUCGACGCAUCUGCUCGAAGGGUCAAGGAGACGGACAGCUGAGAAGUCCUGAGGGAAUUGCGGCACAUCCUUCUAGAAAUUUACUCUAUGUUGCCGAUACGGGGAAUGACCGCAUACAGAUUUUGACACCGGACGGUGCAUCAUUUGGCUUCAUCGGACUUACCGGAAAAUCGGAAACUACCCUAACAAAAUCCGGACUCGCGGUCAGUUCGAACGUCACAUUUUUCAACCAACCCACCGCAGUCGCGGUAUCGGAAACCAUGAUCGUCGUUGCGGAUUGUGCUAAUCACAAGAUCAAGAUAUUUGAUCAUGAUUCAAAUCUACUUCGCACUAUCGGAACACCGGGAUCUCACCGAGGACUGUUGAGGACUCCAGAGACUGUGGCUCUCGAUCCAAAGGGUAACGUGAUCGUUGGUGACUCUGGAAAUGCAAGAAUUCAAAUUUUCUCAGCGAGCGGAGAACUUCUGCGAGUUUUGGGAUCCAAGGGUUUUAAAGAAGGGCAGUUUGGUUGGGUCUCUGGUAUUCUUAUUAAAGACAACCUUGAAAUAGUCGUUUCAGACGGCAAGAAUUAUACGGUACAAGUAUUUUAAAACUGUUUAAGAAAUUCUAUAUUUUAUUGGCGUCUGAACUUCGUGAUGUUUGAGUGUUUGAAAAAAAAAAAAAUUUAGUCAGAGCUAUACUUAUACAAUAAGUUGAUAAUCUAAUCAUUUGUGUCGUCAUUAUAUUAAUAUAUGUAUCGGUAAAGGUCUUCAAUUUUCACAUGUAUUCACAUUUAGCGGAUAUGUCUUUUUGUUUGUAUGAUCAUGGAUAUAUUGAACUAUUGUUAUGAACGAUCCAAAAGCAAUAGAUAUCGUGCAUUUACUGGCGUAAAUUAAAAACAUUUAUUUAUCUGUA